CUCAGAACCGCCGCUCCUCAUCAUCAUCAUCCUCCUCCUCCUCCUCCUCGGCCAUGGCGCGGGUGUGUGUGUGCAGCGCGCCGCUCCGUGAGGGGAUCUAAACCGAAAACCUGCAGCACCGGGAGGGAGCAGAGCUUCAACCCUACCGCAGCCAUGCCGCUGGUGAAGAGGAGCAUCGAGCCCAGACACCUGUGUCGAGGAGCGCUGCCUGAAGGUGUGACCAGUGAGCUGGAGUGUGUGACCAACAGCACGCUCGCGGCCAUCAUCAAACAGCUGGGGGGGCUCAGUAGACAUGCUGAAGACAUCUUCGGAGAGCUUUUCAAUGAAGCUAACAGUUUCUACAUGCGGAUGAACAGCCUGCAGGAGAAAGUGGAUCUACUGGCAGUCAAGGUCACACAACUAGACUCCACUGUGGAAGAGGUCUCCCUGCAGGACAUCAACAUGAGGAAGGCCUUCAAGAGCUCCACCAUCCAGGACCAGCAGGUGGUCUCCAGAAACUCCAUCCUGAACUCGGUGAUGGAGAUGUACCAGCGCUGUGACAAGCCGCCUCCCCUCAACAUCCUCACUCCAUACAGAGACGACAAGAAGGACGGCCUGAAGUUCUAUACGGAUCCCUCGUACUUCUUUAACCUCUGGAAGGAGAAGAUGCUGCAGGCCACCGAGAACAAGAGGAAGGAGAAAAGAAGGCAGAAGCAAGAGCAGAAACACCUCGAGGAUCCGUCGCGUGAAGUGAAGAAGGUGCGGAAGGCUCGGAACCGGCGUCAGGAGUGGAACAUGAUGGCGUACGACAAGGAGUUCCGCCCAGACACUCGCCUCACGCCGUCUCCGUACCACGGCAUCUCGUCUGAAGGCUCCUUAUCUCCAGACAGGUCUGGACUGUCAGAUGAGCACUCGUACCCCACCAGCCCCAGCCACCCGCAGGACACAGGUGGAGCAGGAGGUGAUGGGAAGGAGAGCGCCCCCACCCAGACACAGUCACUGGACCGCGCGUAUCGACCCCCCGCCUCGGUCUCCGCCUCCGCACGCCAGCACUCACUGGGCCGCGUGCAGCAGCAUCACGGAGCUCCGCCCCCUGACCCCUCCCUCAAUGGUCCUCGACCUUCUGCCGCCAAAGAUUACAGCGGCCAUCAGAUGCAGGAACAUUUUAUCCCUCCUGCCCCGCCUCCUCCUCCCCCCGUGAUCCCCUCGGCUCAGACGGCCUUCGACAGCACCUCCGUUCCUCAGGCUCUGGCCCCGGGGACGGUUUCGGCUCUGUCCCGACCCUACAGCCCGUCUCCUCCACCCGCCCCUCCCUCGGCUUACGUCCCGUCUCCUUCUCAUCCUGUGAGCGGUGGAGGUCCUCCAGUCGCCCCGCCCCCACCACCUCCAGGACCGCCCACGCACGCUCCUUCCCCGGCCAGAGCCGCCGCUCAUCCAUCCGGAGAGGGCACGCUGCCUAGGAAGGGCACGGUGCCCCUGAUACCCAUAAGCGACGCUCGCAGCGACCUGCUGGCUGCCAUCCGCAGAGGUAUCCAGCUCCGUAAAGUCCAGGAGCAGAGAGAGCAGGAGGCGAAGAAGGAGCCGGUGGGGAACGACGUGGCCACCAUUCUGUCUCGCCGCAUCGCUGUGGAGUACAGCGAAUCAGACGAGGACUCCGAGCCCGAGGAGAACGAGUGGUCUGACUGAGGGGAGGAACA